AUGUCAAUACGUUACAAUAUUGCAAAUGAAGAAUUUGCCUUGUACCAUAGCCCACUCUAUGCUUGUACCCAGAUUCAUUCAUCAGUUCGUCAUGCUACUAAUGUGUCGCAAGAUGCUUUGUCUGUUGCCCAAUUGGAGUUAGGAGGGAAUCCAAAUGCCUUUGCAUUGAGGCGGCCGUUCGAUCCUGUAGCUCAUGAGUUGGAUGCCACUUUCCGACUCACUCGUUUUGCUGAUCUUAAAGGAUGA